AUGAAUCGCCAUGAAGGAGUCAGCUGCGAUUCUUGUUUAAAAAAUAACUUCAGGGGACGACGAUACAAAUGUUUGAUAUGCAUCGAUUAUGACCUGUGCGCUGCCUGUUAUGAGUCUGGCGCUACCACAAAUCAACAUACAAAUCAGCAUCCUAUGCAAUGUAUUCUUUCCAGAAGUGACUUUGAUUUAUACUAUGGGGGAGAAGCAUUGGCUCUUGAGCAGCCUCAAGCAUUCACUUGCCCAUAUUGUAAUCGCAUGGGGUUUACAGACACAGCUCUUAUGGAACAUGUUACUGCAGAACAUGCUGACACAACUUUGGCUGUGGUAUGUCCCCUAUGUGCAUCAAUGCCUGGUGGAGAACCAAAUUUUGUCACUGAUGACUUUGCUGGUCAUCUCACACUUGAACACAGGACUGGACCUAGAGAUCUCAUCUCAUUUUUGGACGAGCCCAGUGGUAUCAGACACGGCGGAGUUCGUCGUAUGCCACAGUCAGGACGAGGUGUAAGUCGCGCGAGACGCACCAAUAUGCAGUUUAGUACUGGCGGCGCUAUAUCUUCGUUGUCACCGUCAUCACGUGACGCGGUGGUGGACCCCAUAGCGGAGCUGUUGUCGCAGCUGUCGGGUGUGAGGCGCGGCGUCGGGCAGCCCGGCACACCCAGCCAGCUGCAGCAGCUGCAGAUGCAACUGCAACUAGAGCGGCAGCAGGCCACGGCGGCUCGGCAACAGUUAGAGCGGUUGCCGCGUCGGGCGGCAGCGUCGUCGAGCGGCGCGGGCGCGGGUGCGGGCGCUGCGCCACAACCGCAACCGCAGCCCGCGACGCAACCGCAGCCGCAGGCGGACGCGGCCGACUCACAGUUCCUGCUCUCCGGUUUCCUGGGCGCGACAAACAGUAGAGCCGGUGCGGAAGCGGAGUCGCGCGCUGCGCUCCUGCCGGCAAAAAGGGGCGGCGCAGGGCGCGGCGCCCCUUUUUCGUCCGGCGCUUCUUUCUGA